GAUCACUAUGCAGAUCCUUAGGAAGGAAAACUACAGCUCAGUGUCCGAGUUUAUCCUCCUUGGCUUCUCCGGUGAGUCACAGAUCAGAGUGGCCCUGUUCAUCUUCUUUCUUCUGCUCUACAUGAUCACCCUCCUGGGCAAUGGCCUCAUUGUCACUCUGAUCUACCUAGACUCUCGCCUCCACACUCCCAUGUACUUCUUUCUCAGUAUCCUCUCUUUGGUAGACAUGAGUUAUGUCACUACCACUGUGCCCCAGAUGCUGGUUAAUAUGGUGUGUCCAAGGAGGACCAUCUCCUGGGGUGCUUGCGUAGCCCAGAUGUUCAUCUUCUUGGUCCUGGGUAUCGCUGAGUGUGUUCUCUAUGCCAUUAUGGCCUACGACAGGUAUGUGGCCAUCUGCUUCCCCCUUCACUACUCUCUACUCAUGAGCCGCCUCGUUUGUAUCAAGAUGGUCACAAUCUGUUGGUCCAUUAGCAUCACUGGUGCUCUGGUCUACACUGUCUUCACCAUGCGUCUGCCCUACUGUGGCCCCUACAAGAUCAACCACUUCUUCUGUGAGGUCCCUGCUGUCCUGAAGUUGGCCUGUGCAGACACAUCCUUCAAUGACCAGUUGGACUUCAUCUUGGGCUUCAUCUUACUUUUGAUCCCUCUCUCUCUCAUCUUGGCUUCCUAUGCAUGCAUUUUUGUCUCCAUCUUAAGAAUCCGCUCAUCCCAGGGGAGACUCAAGUCCUUCUCUACAUGUGCAUCCCACAUCACUGUGGUCACCAUGUUCUAUGGGCCAGCCAUGAUGAUGUACAUGAGGCCUGGCUCCUGGUAUGACCCAGAGCGGGACAAGAAGCUGGCUCUAUUCUACAAUGUUGUCUCUGCCUUCCUCAACCCCAUCAUCUACAGCCUCCGGAACAAGGAUGUAAAAGGGGCUUUUCUGAAAGUGCUAGGAGACAGAGGGACAGCCCAGUGACCCAGGACAGGAAGACUAGAUGGAGCUCCUUUGGCAUACUAAAGAAAUUGUUUCUGAACCACAUGAGUUUCCAGCCAGCCAGGAGAGGUUGUGGCCACUCUUAAACAGAAAGUCCCACCAUUGUUUGUUAAGUUUUCAGCUUCCUCCAAAGACUCAGUUAAG